AGAGCAAGAACCGGAACUACAUUUGCCCCGUCAUACUGUGUUCCCUUCCUUUGCCCGUCGCAUUAGUUCUGUGACUAAUACUACGGGAGUCGGGACGGCUUUUGUACAAUAAUAAUAAUAAUAUAAAAAAAGUGAUUGUGGUUCACACCUACUUUUAUCUUUAUUGAGGACGCGUUCAUACCCAUCUAUCUACCUGGAACCUUCUCAAACAAAAUUUCUCCGCGGCGGAGUGCUUAGUCUAUUCUUCUCUCUACUUUGGGGAUCUCCUGGAUGAUAUUGAAAGUCACAAUCCGUCUGAAGGCUAUGUUUGCAGUCCGAACGAUUCUCCACUGCAUACAGGUCGCCGGUUCAGAAUCCACUCUCUCCGUGUUCCCUACUUUGAAGAUAUAGGUUCUAAUCACCGUGCCAAGGAUUUUCCUACAAGGAAGCUUGGUAGUGAAGUACUGGGCUGAGCUCACCCCAUAUAGUCCCUGCAGUUAUGAACAUCCAGCCUUAUAUUGAUGGCGCAAUUGGAUGGUGGAUUAGUAAUGAAGGGGCCGUGAUGCCACUAACGGAUGAGCUUAUUAUCCAAUUUCUAUUUUACAAGCAAACCAUACAUGUAUUUGGUCCUAUUAAAGAAGAAUACAACUUCCUCCAGCGUGAAAGGGUCAUUAAGAUCACUCUUUCCGAGCUACGUACGGAGGAUACUACUAGUAUUAUGCAAUCUCCUUCAAUGCGUAAGAUCAAGCAGGUUAUCAACAUUGAAUUUCCUUCAUCAGAAACUGCAGUGCGGCUUGAAGUUGAGGAACGUAUACUUCAAAUUGUUCAGAACCCAGGUACACCCAUCUUAGUGCCUCCCAACCAUAGAAUUUUCGUCAAAGCAAUUGACGGGAUAAAGAUUUUGCAUGAUACUUGUGAUAAGGAUGCAAAACAGAGAAUACAUGAUCAUUUGGAAGCUACGAGACGUGCAACAUGUGCUAUAUGUACGGACGACGUUAACCUUAGUAAACCUAGUCGAUUGCCUUGCCUGCACUUGUUUCAUCACUGUUGCAUUAUGCAGUGGCUGGAGAUCAAGCAUCAGUGUCCCACUUGCCGAAGUCCAGUACCUCAUGAAUUUGUUACUUGGUUUUAAGACACUCAUAUGGCAGGAAGGAAUCUGGAUGUUGCAAGUUAUAUUGUACUAAGGUGGUCAGUCAAGUAUUUGAUCCUGCUUGGUUGUUGCUCGGACUAAGCUAUCAAACUUCUCCCAUCCCAACCGGUGUGCUUUUUUAUUUUCCAUCUCAUAUGGUGUUCUAUAAAAUGAUUAAAAUCAAGAUCAAGCACGGGAGAAGGUUGAUACAAGAUCAAGCACGGGAGAAGGUUGAUACAGUGUCUGUAAUUGUAAGAGUCUCCUUAGGGUGAACAAACGGGUGACACUCCCCAAAAUUUAAAUAAAUGCAGAUACCGGAACUCAGUGAUUGCUAUCAUUCGUUAAGCUGGUAUGUAUUGCUCAUCACGAUGGGGAAGUUCAGUGUCUGGUGAUGUUUUGAGAGCUUGAAAGCAUAUGUUGUUUUUGUUUUUAGAGAAAGGGGUUGUUCUUAUAUUUUCUUUACCGAACGGUUCAGUACUUGUCCGACAAUGAUGCAUCGAAUAAGAUUAAAUGUUAGAUGUUUAUCUAAGAUGACUCGUCUUUUAAUUACAUAUGGUAUGCAUAGC